GAGAGGAGUUACAGAACCAAGAAAUGGCAUCUCCCAAUAAAGACUAAGUAGAAAAUCAAAACCCAAAUUUUGGAAUUAUUUCUUGUUUUCUUUCCCAUCUUUUCAUCUUCACAAUGGAUUCUAUUUCUGGAUCCAUUCUCUAAACUAAACUCCCCUUUUCUGUAUCCCUGUUUAUAGAAAGGUUUAUUUCUAAUGGGAGAGAAAGGGAGGAAUUUGAUUGGAGGGUUAUUCUUGGUGGUGGUGUUGCUAGCUGGAUGUGUUUAUGCUGAUGUUGGUGGCAAUAUAUGGCCAAUGCCUAAAUCAGUGAAAUAUGGAGGAGCAACACUUCAGUUGAGUAAAGAUUUCGGACUCGUAACAUCAGGGACCAAUUUCACUGAUCAUUUGGGAAUAUUGAAAGAUGGGUUUUCGAGAUUACUGGAUUUAGUUGAAGCUUCUCAUGUGGUUGAUGCUAGUAAGAACAAUGCUGGCCUUCUUAAGGGAUUGCACAUUGCUAUUUCCUCACCGGAUGAUACGUUACAAUACGGGAUUGACGAGUCAUAUGAUUUGUAUAUACCUUCAAAUGGGAAUUCAGUUUAUGCACAUAUCCAGGCACAAACAGUAUACGGGGCUCUCCAUGGAUUGCAGACUUUUAGCCAAUUGUGUCAGUUCAAUUUUAAAACCAGAACAAUUGAAGUUCAUCAUGCCCCAUGGAGCAUUUCUGAUGGGCCAAGGUUCUCUUUCCGAGGGCUUCUAAUUGAUACAUCCCGACAUUUUUUGCCUCUACCUACAAUAAAGAAAGUUAUUGAUGCUAUGGCAUACACAAAAUUGAAUGUUCUACACUGGCAUAUCGUAGAUACACAAUCAUUCCCAUUAGAGAUACCAUCUUAUCCAAAACUGUGGAAUGGUGCUUACACUGGUGCAGAGCGGUAUACAAUGGCUGAUGCCGCAGAAAUCGUGGAUUACGCUCGAAGACGAGGGAUUAAUGUACUGGCUGAGAUUGAUGUACCAGGUCAUGCUCAAUCAUGGGGAGUCGGCUAUCCUCAGCUUUGGCCAUCUAAAAUUUGUCAGGAGCCACUUGAUGUGAGCAAUGAGUUUACCUUCAAAGUAAUAGAUGGAAUUCUUUCAGAUUUCAGCAAGGUUUUCAAAUUCAAAUUUGUUCACUUGGGAGGUGAUGAAGUUGACGGAAGUUGCUGGUCGAUUACCCCUCAUGUAAAGAAUUGGUUAAAUAAGCAUAAGCUUAAUGAAUCUGAAGCGUAUCAGUACUUUGUCUUAAGAGCACAGAAGAUAGCAUUAUCCCAUGGAUAUGAAAUUGUUAAUUGGGAAGAGACGUUCAACAACUUCGGCAGCAAAUUGCACCCUAAAACAGUGGUGCACAACUGGCUAGACAGGGUAGGAGGUGGUGUUGUUCAGAAAGUGGUGGCUGCAGGGCUGAGGUGCAUCGUUAGUAACCAGGACAACUGGUAUCUGGAUCACCUGGAUACGACAUGGGAGAAUUUUUAUAUGAAUGAACCUUUAACAAAUAUCACAAACCCUAAGCACCAAAAAUUAGUGCUUGGGGGUGAAGUGUGCAUGUGGGGUGAGACUAUUGAUACUUCAGAUAUCGAGCAGACCAUAUGGCCACGAGCUGCAGCAGCUGCAGAGCGGAUGUGGACACCGUUUGAUAAGCUAGCAAGUGAUCCUGGGAAAGUUAUAGGAAGACUUUCGAGAUUUAGAUGUUUGCUGAAUCAAAGAGGCGUAGCUGCUGCACCGUUGGCUGGGCUUGGUCGAGAAUCCCCUAUAGGGCCAGGCUCUUGUUAUAAACAGUAGCUGUAUAACUAUACAUUAAAACAGAAAUAGAAUCAGUUUUUUCAAAAAGUUAAUAUCAGUUCCAUUGUUUCAACUUUUCAUCUCAAAAUAAAAAUCGCUGAAAUACCAGGUAUUGCCUGAAUGUCAUAAAUACCACAGGAAACCUUGCUCAAUUUCUUACAAGUGUGCUUUCUUAUGUGUACUGAAAAAUAAAAUUAGCCA